UGAGAUGCAGCGAACACAACAUUGUGCAGCAAUGAUUUAUUUCUCAGGUCUUCUUGGCUUUCUGCUGGUUGUAACAGCUGAGGCGAAAGUUGGACAAAAACAUAGAAAUGACUGCUCCAGUUAUUAUGAGAAUCCCUGAAAAGGGUGCUUUUGAAAGUGGUGAUUUCAAAAUGAGCUUCAUUCUGCCAGCUGAGCAUCAGAUGAAUCCACCUAAACCUACUUGCAAAGAGGUUUACAUCGAAGAGAUGAAGGAAAUGAGUGUGUAUGUGAUGAGCUACGGAGGAUGGAUGUCAACACUAACUGAUAAUUGGUAUUCAUAUACACUCUCCUCUGCCCUUAAAGCUGGUAUCAAAUACAGUAAAGGGUUUCACUACUCUGUUGGAUAUAACAGUCCAACGACACUAACAGACCGACACAAUGAAGUGUGGUUUGUGGUUGAGGGUGACCCCGUGUGCUACAGCAAUGUGUGACCCGAUCAAGUACUUCACCUGCAUGUUGGGAGGACUGUGCAGUGACUGUCUACUGCAGACAACACGUUUUGAAUUUUGCCUCAUGUCACUGGUAUAAAUAAAACCUUCCUGU